AUGGAGGACACCUCAGUGACUGUCCAGUCCUUUUUUCAUCCGUCCGACCUUGUGGGGGUGGCCCCCAGCGUUAGAGAUUUUUCCCUCCAGCAAAUCAACUCGGUGUGCGAUGACCUGCACAUCUAUUGCUCCAGGUGCACGGCAGACCAGCUGGAGAUCCUUAAAGUGGUGGGUAUCCUGCCCUUCUCGGCUCCGUCCUGCGGGCUGAUCACUCAGACGGAUGCUGAGCGCCUCUGCAACGCUCUCAUUUACGGCGGUACUUACCCUCCUCACUGCAACAAGGAGUUAGGCUCCCUGGAGUUGGAGCGAACCGAGAAGAGUUUCAAAGUCUAUCAUGAAUGCUUCGGUCGGUGUAAAGGCUUGUUUGUCCCGGAACUGUACACCGGCCCGAGUGCCGCCUGCAUCCAGUGCAUGGAUUGCAGACUCAUGUUUCCUCCUCACAAGUUUGUGGUCCACAGUCACAAGAAACUGGAGAACCGGACGGUCCACUGGGGAUUCGACUCCGCCAACUGGCGGGCUUAUGUGCUCUUAGACCCGGACUACACCGGAAAAGAGGAGAAGAGUCCCCUGGAGCAGCUGCUUAAAGAGUUAAAAGGAAAAUAUGACCUGACGGGCAAGCGGUCCAGUAAAUCAUGCAGAUCUCCGAGCCCGGUCCCAGCCAAGAGGUCUAAAUUCGACGAAUUACAAUCUCCAUCAGCUGACAAAGACAGGAAACCCGACUGGCUACAGUCGCUGUCAAACUCUGCACACAAGGAUCUGAAAAAAGUCCAGCUGAAACAGAGGCCCUCUGCUUUCCGCCCCUGGUCUCCUAAAGCAGCAGAAAAAGAGAAAUCAGCUACUCAGAAUGAGGUGGAGAGAUCCUACUCAAAAAGUAACAAGACUUUGGCAGCUCCCAAUCUCACAGCAGCUCCCCUGGCCCCUCCAGUCCAUCCCAGGGACAGCCACACUCCUGGCAGGGGACCCGCAGCCAUUUCCAGGCUGCCGCAGGAGCUGCAUAAUGGAGACGCACAACCUGCGGCAAAAAUGCCCCCUUCCUGUACAGCUGAAGACAUGGACACAGAUGGAGAGAUUGAUGUGGGCGACUGUGAUGAUCGUCCAGUGCCAGCUUCCAAGCUUGCUUCUCCUCCGUCCGCCCUCACCAGUGUGUCUCAGACUCUGACCCCUCAGAGUGUUGCUGUACCAAAGGAGGGACCCAGCUGGCUGUCAGGGACCGCUGGCCCAGAGGUGGACACCCUGAGACAGAUGCUGUACGGAGGCACGGACACCAAAGAGGCCCGGGAAAAACUCCUGCAGGAGAUUGUCAAGAUGAGAGUGAAGCAGGAGGAGAAGCUGGCAGCUGCUGUGCAAGCUAAACGCAGUCUUCAGCAGGAAUUGGAGUUUGUAAGGGUGGCAAAGAAAGGCCGUCUUCGUGAGGCCAUCGAAGCCAAGCGCAACCUGCGAAAGGAGAUCGAACGCCUUCGCGUGGAUUGGGAGAGGAAGAUGAGGGAUGCGGAGGAGUCUUGUGGGCGGCUGAAGAGAGAGUUGGAGAGGGAGAGACAGCUGCGAGUUUGUGACAAAGGCUGUGAGGCUGAACGUCUCCGGGUCAAGUACUCCACUCAGAUCGAAGAGUUGCAUGUGCAGCUACAGCAGGCAGAAGCUGAUCGUGAGCAGCUGAGGCGGGAGCUUCAGCAGGAGAGAAAAGCUCGGCAGAGCCUGGAGAGUGUUGUUAAAGACCUGCAAACCCAGCUGGCCCUGCAGGCUGACAGCAGCCUUCCUGGAGACCCUAAGGACGCAAACACAGACGCACAUAGACAGACCACGCAACACACCAAUGGAUCCUAAAGUUGCACGUUCUGAUCUGGAGAAAGAGACUCAAUAUAAAAGGAGCAUGGUUAAGGACUUUGUUGCACCUCCUGUUAGGGAAACGAAAACUUCAAAGUCAGUUUUGUAGAGGAAAAAUCUGUCAUAUAUAAUAUGAUAUGAUAUAAAUCAGUUUUAUUAUGACAAUAUAUGAAUUUUAUGAAACGAACUGGAAAGUAGCAUGAUGUCUGAGCAUGUUGUAGAGCGUGAAUUUAAGAAAGACUUUUUUCAGUGAUGACCACAUCUCUCCAGUGACGUCAGAGCUCUUGGUUAGACACCUGACGCUGUCCAAGGAUCUUAUUUUGGUAUAAGCUAUUCUAAGAUGUGCAAAUAUAGCCACAUAACACUACUUGAAUAUGAAGGGAAGAAACAUGUUGAGUGGAUGAUAAAACUCUUGGUGCCACAAAUUAUUGGUACACUCAAAGGUGUCAUUGCAGACCACUGGAAACAACAGACACCAGUUUACCACUAUUUACUUUUAAUAUCGGCUUGCUUUUUAUAACUGUGUAGAGGAUGUACUUUCUGAGAAAUAUUGCUUGCGCAGCACCGUUAUUCCACAGGCAAGAAACAAACAUCCAUAUACAAACAUGUACGCAUGUAUACCAGCUUGUCUACCUUUUGUAUUUUAUAAACCUGAAGUAUUGGAGGUUACUGUACGUGGGCUGCCUUCAGGUCCACCACUGUUUAGUGCUUAGAUAUUUUAUGAAAGUGUUACUUUUUAAUAUUAUGAUGAAACUUUAUUUGUUGUUUGAACAUUGUUUUCCAGUAAUGUUUUUGCAACCAGACCAUGUGAUAAAUAGCAAUUAUUCUUGCCCACAUUAGUGCAGAUAAAUCUACAAAUGCCCUCCUAAAAGAAAUCAAACUUCAAUAGCUGUCUGUUUUUGUUGAAAUGCGGUACUUCUGAUUUUCUAUUGAGUAUUGUAAAAUAAUUUAUAUUCUAUAAUAAUAAUAAUAAUAAUUUGCUGCCUAUCAACAGAAAGCAUUCAUUUUUAGUCACUGGUUUUAGGGCUCUUAAAUCAACAAAUGCUGUUUAUAUGAACAACAUUUCUACAUAUAUACAAAGUAUGGAUAUAUAUUUUUUUACUUAAAGAAAAGGAAUUGCACUUUUUAAAGAAAAGAACCUUGCAUUGUGCAUUGUACUCCCUGUUACAUUUUUCAAAACACAAGUUAACAUGAACUUUGAAUUUAAACACACUUUCCCCCAGUAUCCUUUGAUGUAAAUACAAUAUUGUAAAUAAGAUAUUUGUCAGUAUGUUUGCUUGCUCCAGACUUAAAUUGAUUAUGAAUAUUAUUUUUUGCUCUUACUUGAAACCAAAAAGACACUAUAUUUAGAUUUGCAAAACUCCAAUUUUGUUGUUGUAUCCCUGAGUAUCUUGCAAUCACAGGGCAUUUAGCAGAAUGGAUGAAACUGUUGGUUUAAACAAGGAGAAUAAAAACCAUCAAUGGUUGUGAACCAAUCAGUUUUUCUAGGUUUGACACACCAACGGAAUAUUAUCAUUUGUCCCUUGAUUUUGUUUAUUUGAGAAGAUCUUUAUUAUUUGAUGAAUUAUAGAGUAUAUUUUACACCACAGACCAAAAACUGAAAAAUGGAUUUGAAAUCUCUGCACCUCCAGCUCCUUCAGAUAAAGUAGAAGGGACACCUUCUAUUGGUUACAUCCUUAGGUGCUCUCAUAUAUUUUAGACAAGAAACACUUUUAUGUCUUAUCAUUACUUAUGAUACCCUCGCUCAGUAUUUGUUGGGUACAGUGUGAUAGCAAUAUCCAUUUUGUUAGCUGAUGCUGUUGUAGUUUUGGUUUGGAAGUGGGGUUUCACUUGCCUCUUGUUUAAAUGUUUUCUUUUCCUUCGGAAAACCUGUAUAAUACCCAUUAAAAUCUAAAUCAAUCCUACGCCA